AUGCAAAACCAAACCACAGUAACAAGCUUCAUCUUGCUGGGGCUGACAGAUGACAUUCCACUGAAAAUUCUGCUGUUCAUUUUUCUCUUUCUUUCCUACAUGUUGAGUCUAUCUGGAAACCUAAGCAUCAUCACCCUGACUCUGAUCGAUUCUCACUUUAAAACACCUAUGGAUCCUUUCCUCCAAAAUUUCUCCUUCUUAGAGAUUUCAUUCACAACUGCUUGUGUUCCCAGAUUCUUGUACAGCGUAUCCUCUGAGGACAAGUCCAUCACUCACAAUGACUGUGCCAGUCAACUGUUGUUUACAGACCUCUUUGCAGGGACAGAAUUCUUCCUCCUGGUCACCAUGUCCUAUGACCGCUACGUGGCCAUCUGCAAACCCCUGCAUUAUGUGGCCAUCAUGAGCAACAGAGUCUGCAAGAACUUCAUCCUCUUCUGCUGGGUAACAGCACUAAUGAUCAUACUCCCACCAGUGAGGCUGAGUUUGGGCCUGGAAUUCUGUGACUCGAAUGUCAUCGAUCACUUUUGCUGUGACGCUUCUCCUCUCCUGAAGGUCUCUUGCUCAGACACACGGGGGACAGAACAGAUGGUUGUAGCGUGUGCAGUGCUGAGGCCAUCAUCACCCUCGUGCGUGUAG